UUUUUUUUUUUUUUUGGGGGGGGGGGCGAGGAGCUCCGCGGGAGCUUCGGGUAGAGUACCUCGUGGGCCAGCCCCUGAGGACGUGGGGAUAAGAAAGGAGAGGACUGAUGGGUCAGAGACAGAGCCACGCCUCCAGGGGCUCUCGGGAAUCGAGGGCUCAGAGUUUGUCUUCUGAUCUACUACGAUCAAAUCAGUGCUUCUAUUGUCAAAUUUCAGGCCGAGCUGAGCCGAUGCCCAGAACAACAUGGCAUGGCAUUUGGCUUUUUGCACUAUUUCUCAUUUGGUCCGGAGGAGAUGGAAGGACACACAGCGUUGGUGAAAAAAAAACGACCAAACACUAUAGCAUACUCAUAUCUCUUUUGCUUUUUCACUGGGUUUCAUUUGGUGUUCGGGGCCUUUCAGGAGAAGGCAGGAAGGAGUCUUUGACAUUUACAAACAUCACACGGUCGUUUAUAUACCAUGUUGACUUCCAAAACCGGGAGGAAACAUAGCGCAUGGAGAGGGAUUCUAGUCUACUUCUAGGAUGAUUAAUCGCAUUACGCAGAUAACAGUAAUUGGUGAAUA